AUGGCUGCUCCUUCUCUUCCUCAGAAUUUCAACACUCUCUCCAUUGAUCGGCUCGAGCUCGCUCCCGAUCAGAGCGCUAUCAACUGGUACUCCUACACAGGGAGCAUGCGCCGCCUCCUCGGCGUCAUCCACAUCCCCAACACCUCCUCCACCCUCCUCGACCUUGUCCUCCGCCAUGCUGCCGCUCUCCCGCCAACGCCCCCUAUGUCCCCUGGAUCGGCCCCCACUCUCCCGCCUGACCCUGGACCUGAACCUGACGAACCAGAUCUGCCCGCUGCCUCCACGGAUCCUGUUCGCCAAGCCGCUGAUGAAGCAGCCUACGAUCUCGAGCGGCGUCGGUUCCUCACGCUCCGAGCGGACCAUCGUGCGGCUCGCGAGCAAUACGACAUGCGCCAAGCUGCCAUAAUAAAUCACCGCACCAUGGCUGACCGCUACACUCUCGCGCUCGCUGAAUAUACCGCUAAAGCUGCUGCUUGGAAGGAAUCUGACCUUUCUGCCUCUAAUAUUAUCCUUGGUGGUCUCCCCCCCGCUCUAAUGCGAGACUUUCAGGAACAAGAGCUUCACGCACCUGCCCUUUGGGCCUCCCUUCACGCCAUGUUUGAGCGCCAUGACGUCAACUCCGUGGGGCUGCUCCUUGACGAAUACUGGGAGACAACGCUCGCAACCUGCACUGGUGCCGUCGCCUACACCGGCCGCAUGACCUCUCUCGCCAAGCGACUUAAGGCUCGCCAGUUCAUCCAGAUAGAUCGCCUUCUCCGCGGUCUCAACCCGUCCUACGACAUGCACGUCAUUGCCUUCCGCGAAAAUCAGCCACACGCGGUGGUGGGCGUGGUGGUGGUCGCGGUGGCGGACGUGGAGGUGGGCGUGGUGGCGGCCGUGGUGGUGGACGUGGUGGCACCUUUGGUGGACGCACUCCUUCUUGCACGGGCGGCCCUGGAGGAAGUGGACGUGGUGCCGCAGCCGCACCAGCAGCCACAGCAGCCGCCCUGGGGAGGUGGGGGAGGCGCAGCCGCCACAGCAGCGGCAGCGGCAGCAGCAGCAGCAGCAGCAGCAGCAGCAACUGCCGCCUGGCAGCAGCAACCUCUUGGCUUCGGUUCUGCCGCCACCGCCGCCCAUACCUCCCCAGCUGAGUCAUACUCUAGCUUUCUUGAUUCUUUCACUCCCACCUCUCCCUCAUGCCCCUCCCACCUCUCCCUCAUGCCCCUCCCACCUCACCCUCAUGCCCUCCCACCUCACCCUCAUGCCCCUCCCACCUCACCCUCAUGCCCCUCCCACCUCACCCUCAUGCCCCUCCCACCUCUCCCUCAUGCCCCUCCCACCUCACCCUCAUGCCCCUCCCACCUCACCCUCAUGCUCCUCCCACCUCUCCCUCAUGCCCCUCCCACCUCACCCUCAUGCCCCUCCCACCUCACCCUCAUGCCCCUCCCACCUCACCCUCAUGCCCCUCCCACCUCUCCCUCAUGCCCCUCCCACCUCUCCCUCAUGCCCCUCCCACCUCACCCUCAUGCCCUCCCACCUCACCCUCAUGCCCUCCCACCUCACCCUCAUGCCCCUCCCACCUCACCCUCAUGCCCCUCACACCUCUCCCUCAUGCCCUCCCACCUCACCCUCAUGCCCUCCCACCUCUCCCUCAUGCCCCUCCCACCUCUCCCUCAUGCCCCUCCCACCUCACCCUCAUGCCCCUCCCACCUCUCCCUCAUGCCCUCCCACCUCUUCCUCAUGCCCUCCCACCUCACCCUCAUGCCCUCCCACCUCUCCCUCAUGCCCCUCCCACCUCUCCCUCAUGCCCCUCCCACCUCACCCUCAUGCCCUCCCACCUCACCCUCAUGCCCCUCCCACCUCACCCUCAUGCCCCUCCCACCUCACCCUCAUGCCCCUCCCACCUCUCCCUCAUGCCCCUCCCACCUCACCCUCAUGCCCCUCCCACCUCACCCUCAUGCCCCUCCCACCUCUCCCUCAUGCCCCUCCCACCUCACCCUCAUGCCCCUCCCACCUCUCCCUCAUGCCCCUCCCACCUCUCCCUCAUGCCCCUCCCACCUCUCCCUCAUGCCCCUCGCAGCGCACCUUGAUGGCCCGCCGGUUGAACAGGCUGUACAGCUGCAGCAUGCGCUUCACUCCACCCACCACCUUCUCAUCCUCCUUGUCCCCCUCCCUUUCCUCCUCGUCCCCCUCCCUUUCCUCCUCGUCCCCCUCCCUUUCCUCCUCGUCCCCCUCCCUGUCCUCCUCGCCUUCCUCUUCCGUCCCAUCCUCCUCACCCCUCUCCCCAUCGUCCUCGUCGCCCACAUCCCUCUCCUUGUGCUCCGCCUCCUGCUUCCCAUCCUCCUCAUCCCUCUCCCCAUCUUCCUCGCUGCCUGCAUCCUCAUCCUCCUCCCCAGCAUCUGA